AUUCCUUUUUUAUUCUAAUAGAUUUUUUCCCCUUUUAUUCUUGUAAGUUACCUGUUGGGACUCAGCUCAUCAGUGAGGAGGGUCAUACCUGUUAUUUCUGUAAAAGUGAUUUUGCCCUGCUGCUGCAGGAGGAGGUGGAAGGCACGGGGCUUCUGCGUCCGGAGCUGAGGAGACCUGUUGAUCGUCUGGUAUGGAGGAAGCAAACAGCCAAGUAUGACAAUAAACUGAGACAUCACAAAAGAACACUUGCACUCCAGAACUCUGUCAGGGACCAAUGGAGAUCAUGGAUGCUCACUAUGCCUUGGAAGCUGUGGAGAGACUUCAAGCCAAAUUGAAGGAGAGAGGAGAGGCCCCCAGUCAGGAGAAACUAUCUUUGCUAAAAACUGUCCUCCAGAGCCCUCUGUUUCUUCAUAUACUCAGCUUGCAGAAAGCCCAGCGGAAGCCCCCGGCAAAGGGGAAGGGCAUUUCUAAGUCUGUGUCCAUGAACUGUGGCCCAUGUCAAGACGUAGCUCUGGGCCUGAAAACCCUUUGCCACAGUGACUCAUACACAUGGGCCGUGGAGAACCAGAGAUCCUUUCAGAGUUACGGCAGCAAUACCUCUCUCACCUCGCAAGAGUUGUCCUUUACAGAUAUUUAUCCAGACAACUCCGCUCACACCGAGUCUCAGUACUGCACUCCUCCUCGAAUCUCCCGCACCAUGUCAAUGGGGAGAAACCUUUCUGCUAUUGCACAUGAGAGGCGUCAUAUUGAGAUAAUAGAGCUUACCAAUGAUGGGAAAGGCCUCGGUUUUGGAAUUGUAGGAGGACGUAGCACUGGAGUUUUGGUCAAGACCAUCCUGCCUGGGGGAGCAGCUGGAAGGGAUAAUCGUCUGCGUGGUGGAGAUCAGAUCCUUCGCAUUGGAGAUACGGAUUUAGCUGGCAUGAGCAGUGAGCAGGUGGCUCAGGUGCUGCGAAAUGCAGGUAACAGGGUGAAACUACUCAUCGCCAGAGAUGUGACCAGAGACAAUCACCUCUCCUCUCCUGUCCUCAGCCAGGACAGUUUGGAUGGGAAGCUUGAUUUCAACAGUGAUUACGAGUUUAGCAUCCAGUUCACUAAAAACAGUCGAGGUCUGGGGUUUACCAUCUCAAGCUACGUGGGGGACCUUAACUCAGUCUACAGUGCUGGUGUGAUGGUAAAGAGCAUAGUGAAAGGCAGCUCUGUGGAUCAGGAUGGACGCAUGCGCGUUGGAGACAUCAUCCUCUCUGUGGAUGGAGUGAGUCUUCAGGGCUGCAGUGAACAACGAGCCAUGGAAGUGCUCAGGAGGACAGGUUCCCUUGUCAGACUGCGGUUGCUGAGGAAAGCUGUCUGUCUGAGCCACAUUCUGCCCCCAGUUCCUCCUCUGCAGCCUCUUCGACACUCCCACAGCUUCCACGAGGGCAACACUUACAGACUGAGCCUCAACAAGAUCCAGGAGACAGGAAUCUGUUCUCUGCGUGAAAUCUCCCGGCGAGCAGCAUAUGCCAGCAGACGACCCCGAUACGAUUCCAGAGACGGUGAACGGGAUUCCUCUCAUUGGAGAGACCCAUAAAGAGGUGGUCAGUAUUCUGAAGGAGCUGCCGUUGUGUGUAUACCUGGUAUGCUCUCGCAUUGUACCCCCUUCAGUUCGUGAGAGUGAUGUGGAAGAUGAUGACGACGUCUGUCUCAGUCUUAAAGAUCUGCUGGCUGAGUUCAAUGACAAGCUGGACCAGGGUUGUGUCAUUCCCUGUCCUACAGCUGAGGACAUUACCAAGCGAGGUGUGCCCCCCAUGUCACCUCCUCUGGCCAUGUGGGAGAAGGAGGCUCAAGUAGUCGAGCUGGAAAAAGGCGAGUCGGGACUGGGCUUCAGUAUCCUGGACUACCAGGAUCCAGAAGAUGCCUCAAAAACUGUCCUGAUAAUUCGAUCCUUGGUGCCUGGAGGUGUGGCAGAUCAAGAUGGCCGCCUGCUACCUGGUGACCGACUUGUGUUUGUUAAUGAAACUGACCUAGAAGGCGCCAGUCUGGAUUAUGCCGUGCAUGUUCUUAAGUCCACAGACUACGGUCCUGUUCACAUCGGUGUUGCCAAACCUCUGCCGCUGGAACUGUGUGGUGGAUUGACGCCCAUCACAGAGAGGAGUGCAAGGGCUUCAACCGAUGACACUGACAGCCAGAUUCAGGUCAAUCUGCUAGCUGAAGCAGCUGAGGCUCAUUUCAACACCACAACUUGGAAGUCGGAGGACAACAACUUCAACCAGCCGUGUUACACGGAAAACCAACUGCGCUAUCGCUGCCGUGCAAUGGACGAUGACAAUAUGCAGCGAGCCCCACCUCUGCCCCCUCGCACAAGCUUCGAGAGGACAAUCACUGUUGUCCGGGGCAACCGUAGCCUUGGGAUGUCGGUGAGUGCUAUCAAGGACGGCACAGGCAUGCUGGUCCGGAGUGUGGUCCAGGGGGGUUCGGUUUGCCAGGAUGGCAGACUGGGGGUGGGGGAUAUCAUCCUGGCCAUCAAUGGAGAGCCCACCUCCAAUCUGACCAGCACCCAGGCCAGGGCCAUGCUGCGCAGAAAUUCUGUCCUAGGGCCAGAGAUGAGUAUAAUCUACGUUCCAGCUCAUCUGGUGGAUGAAUACCGAAGUCGUCUGUGUUUGCCCCCCAUGGCUUCCAUCACAACAGACAGCACAUCAUCUUCACCGACUCUACCCACACCUUCUCCUGAGCCUGCACUAGCCACUGCCAGAUCCCCAAGCCCUCCAGUUUCAUCAACCCUCAGACUGUCUGCCUCAGUCAAAACCGAAGCAACAACACCAGAUCCAACCACAGUCAGGACCUCUGCUUCAUUUAAAACAGUGCUUAAAAGCUCAGUCCAAGUGCCUACUAUCAGCCCAGCAUCAGACUCAAGUUGGAAAAUUCCAAAGUACCUUCCUCAAAAAAACAAGGAAAACGGAAAAGAUGAAGAUUUUGUAAAGGAUACAAGGGACAAAACAAAUACGGAUGGAAAACUCCUCAAGCCAGAUGUGCAGAUAAUGGUGGAUGGUAAAGAAGAGGAAAAUGAAGAGCUGUGUUCUCACACCACAGUAUCUUGGGAUCAGCCCAAAAGAGUGCGGCUCACUCGAGCACCAGGCCAAUCUCUGGGUAUCAGCAUCAUGGGAGGCAGAGGAAUGGGCAGAAGACUGAGCAGUGGAGAGAUGAUGAGGGGUGUCUUCAUCAAGCACAUCAGCCCUGACAGCCCGGCAGCACAUAACGGCACCCUCAGGGUUGGAGACAGGAUCCUAGAGGUGAGUGGUGUGGACCUGAGAGACGCCAGUCAUGAGCAGGCCGUGGAGGCCAUCCGCUGCGCCGGAGACUCUGUGUUCCUCGUAGUCCAGUCUGGACUAGACAGAUCUCAGUCUCCUAAUCCCAUCAAUCAUGAAAGACUAUCUCCAACACCACUGUCCAACACACACAUCAACAAGGAAGCAGAAACUCUCAGCACUCUUCUCCUUAGUAUCUCCCAUGCAAACCCCUUCACUCCCACACCCUUUAAGGCACCUUCAUCGGCAUCUGAUAGAGUGGAUCGGAGAAGCCCCGUAAAUGUCACAGCACCAGUUGCGGCGAUGGCUGAACGCGGGGAUGACACCAGCAGGAAGAAGAUGCUUCAGCGCUAUGGCAGCCUGUCAGGGAAGCUCCACAUGAUUGAGCUGGAGAAAGACUCUACAGCUCGUGGUCUGGGAAUCAGCCUCACAGGCAACAAGGAGGGUUCCAGGGCUCGCAUGAGUGUCUAUGUGGCAGACGUAGACCCUCAAGGGCCUGCAGGGUUGGAUGGGAGGAUACAAGUUGGAGACGAGCUACUUGAGAUUAACGGACAAAUUCUGUAUGGCCGAAGUCACCAAAAUGCCUCAACAAUCAUCAAUAACGCCCCGUCUGAAGUCAAGAUUAUUCUCAUCAGAAAUAAAGCAGGUCAGCAGGUGAAGGGAAUUAAGAAAGAGUGUGAGGACAUCGUGAACUCCCAGCCAGACACGGCAGCGUGUGAAGGAUUAUCCAGAGACAUUGAGCACAUCAUCCUACCUCAGGACAAUGCAGGCCUGGGCCUUUGCCUCGGUGAGGACAAGACCAAUAAUGGCGUGGUGGUCGGGUCUCUAAUUCAGCAUGGUACUGCCAGUAAGGAUGGCAGGAUAAAAGUUGGAGACAGAAUCGUUGCAGUGGGUGAUGAAGCCGUGAAUGGAAUGUCAGUGAAAAAGGUGUCCAGUUUGAUUCUCAAACACCAGCUCUCUCCAACCCCCUCUUCAUCUCUUGAUGCAAUGCGAACCUCUCCAGUGGAACGUUCUGAUUGCCUAAGCAGCCCUCCCCCAACGCCUGAUCCCCGGGGCUGCCCACUUGAUGCUGGGAGGGAAACAACCAUAGAGAUCAGUAAAGGAAGUUUGGGCCUGGGCCUCAGCAUUGUAGGAGGAUGUGACACUCUGCUGGGGGCAGUAAUAAUCCAUGAAGUCAAUGAUGGAGGAGCAGCUCAGAGAGAUGGAAGGCUGCAGGCUGGAGACCAAAUAUUAGAGGUGAACGGCAUCGACCUGCGGCAGGCCACACAUGACGAGGCCAUUGCUGUGCUGCGGCUCACCACGCAGCGCGUUCGCUUGUGUGUCUUCAGGCACCAGGAGGCCUACAGGGAGGAGGACCUGUGGGACGUCUUCAGUCUGGAGCUCGAACCUCGUCCUGGAGAGGGACUGGGAUUCACCAUAGUGGCAAAGAGCAAUGACACAGGCAUAUUUGUGUCAGAAAUCAUCAGAGGAGGCGUAGCAAAUUCAGAUGGAAGGUUGUCGCACGGUGACCAGAUUCUGUCAAUCAACGGGGAGGAUGUUCGUGCAGCGUCUCAGGAGCACGCACAGACGCUUCUGCAGAGUUGCACUGGAUGUGUCCACUUGGAAGUCGCCCGUUUUAAAGCUGGGGUGCAAUAUUCUCACAGAUGUCAGGAAUAUUUUAAGUUUUGUUUUAUCCAGAAUGAAGACUCUGACUGUUCGACCACGACGCCCACAAGUGGAUGUGAUGCAGUCUUUAGCCACCAGAGGGAAAUAUACAACAAAACAGGAAGCCACAUGCUUCAAGACCCUGUCAUCAGAAAAGUAACAAUAUCAAAGGGUCCAUGUGACAAUCUGGGCAUCACUUUAGCUGGAGGACUCGGCAGUCCCCAUGGCAACGUAUUUCUUUUUAUUGCUACCAUGGAUACCAAUGGACUGGCUGCCAAAACACAGGACAUACAGAUCGGAGACAGGAUCCUCAGCAUCAAUGAUGUGUCCACUGAGGGAAUGACUCACGACCAGGCUGGAGCCCUGCUGAAGAACACCACCGGAACCAUCACUCUGCAGGUGACAUCAGGUUUUGAUGGCUGCAGCCCACAGAAUCCCAGCGGUGAGGAUGUCAGGUCAUCAGACCUAACAAGCAGCAUGACCUGCUCCCACAUUAACUUCUGUCCACGCAUGUACAAGACCAUCACCCUGGAGAGGGGCCCGUCAGGCCUGGGCUUCAGCAUCGUAGGAGGGUUUGGCAGCCCUUACGGGGAUCUGCCGAUCUACGUCAAAACUAUUUUCAACAAGGGGGCAGCCAUUGAAGACGGCAGGCUGAAACGUGGCGAUCAGAUCAUCGCUGUGAAUGGACACUGCCUGGAGGGUGUGACUCACGCUGAAGCUGUGGAUAUUCUGAAAAAGACCAAGGGAACUGUAGUCCUCACUGUGCUCUCCUGAGAUGAGACCCAGUUCGACUGCAUCCUCCCAGAAUGGUUCUGGAUGGAGCUGCCUCUUGUAGAACUGCUUCACACAAGGCUGAGGAGGCAAACAUGGCCGACAGAGAGAAAAUCUGGAUCUGUAAUUAGUUUAAGAAAGCUACCUCUAACUUCAGACACAGGUUGUGUAUUUUUAUAUGUACUUCACUCACUUAUAUGAAUAUUCUCACCAGUCUUGAACUUAAAAAAAUAACAAUCAUUAAAACAUUACACUUGCUAGCAAAUUUACAUUUACAUGAUGUGAUAUGAUAUGGAUUUCUGUGUAAAACUAUGAAUAUUUUAUAUCAUAACUGUCAUAUAUUGCUUCUUGAACAGCCAGAAAGAAAAAUAAUUUAAUUCGAACUUGAUUGAUGAGCUAAUAAUUGGAGCAAAUUAGCUAAAACCUAAAAUUUCUUUGUGUUUAAUGCAAAAUGUUAUUUUAUUAACUUUCCAUCUUCCACUUAUUUUGCAUUUAAUUGUUCUUUACAUAAAAAGAUGCUUAUUUACAAGCAAUAUUAGCACCAACAGUUGUAAAAUGUACCACUUCCUGGUCAUCCAGUGGUCACAUCCUGCAGGUAUAAAAACACCUGAAGCUGUUAAAAUCAAACAAAAGUUUUAUUUAAAACAUGACAUGACUAUAUAACUAAAUUUAUAAGAAAAAGGGAUAUUGGAACAUAAAACAGCAAGGUAAAAAUGAUGUGAAUCAACAUAAGUUCUUAUUUUACAGUUCAUGCUUCCAAAAUGAAUUACGUUACUAAUAUCUUAAAAUAACUCCAGUUCUUAGAACUUCUUUAUGCACUCAUUAGUAUUCACUCUUUUAAUACACCUGCAGUUUUGCAUAACACAGUUACACUUCAGUAUAAAUAAUGUAAAAAUUCCUGAUGGACGUGACCUCUAGAUGCCCCAAAAGGGCUACAUGUUACAGCUGCUGGUGCCAUUUUAGAACAAAGAAUUUCAUGAACAUUACUGUAUGACGUAACAUUGCUAAUGGUCUAACAGUACAUAAAACAGCAUUUCAGAUGAGAUAUUUUACACAGAAACCCACUUCAAGAUGGCCAAAUUUCCUUUUAUGUGUUGCUACAGUGUCAUGUGCAAUCUUUAUUUAGAAAUUUGUUUUUAUAUUAUUUUAUUUAUUCUAACUGUUUUUCUUGUGUGCUCUAAAAUGGUUCUCCUCUUAACUGAAAGACUCUUGUGUGCAUCAUGUAGCACUGUAUUUAUUUUAAUCUCUGUAACAAAUGUUCUUUUGUUAGAAUUUUGUAUUAAAAAUAUGCCAUGUCUGUUGUUAUUGUACUUUGAA